CUCUCUGUCCUCCCGGGCUCAUCUCGGCCGUUCCUAGGACAUCUACUUUAUCCUCCCCAUCAUCAACUUGCUCCCCCGGCGUGCCUUACAUAUAGCCGCUGCCCUUACUACUUCCUCCAAUCGGUCGGCUCACUUGCUUUAACCUCCGUAUCUGUCCACUUCUCAACGGUUGUCCUUUCUCUCAUGUGCCUUUCGCAUCGGAUGACUGCCCCCUUCCAUCUGCGAUAAGACACGCGCAAUUUUCUUCCACCCACGAUCAGACCGUCGCAUAUAAGAAAUGGUGGCUCCGGCCUCGACAGGAGGCAACUCGACUGGCGGACAGCCUUCGGCGAGCCGUCAACCCACCCGAUCCUCUAGCACUCACCCGUCGCAUUCUCACAAUGUACCCUUAAGUGCUCGACGGUCUAUGCCUCUUGACUUGUCCACGGUUGAGCGACGGGGACAACCCAAUGCCCCUCGAGAGCCAAGUAAACGUAUCCGACCUCACGGUUUACAAGAGGCACCUACGUUUCGCCCGACUGAGGAGGAAUUCAAGGAUCCGGAAAAGUACAUCCGCAAGAUAGCGCCCGAAGGCAAGAAAUAUGGAAUUUGCAGGAUUAUUCCGCCCGAAGGCUGGCAACCGCCGUUUGCCAUUGACACAGAGCGGUUCCACUUCAAAACCCGCCGGCAGGAGCUCAACUCGGUUGAAGGAGGAACCCGAGCAAAUCUAAAUUACCUCGAUCAGCUGGCCAAAUUCCACAAACAACAUGGAACCAACCUCAACCGUUUUCCGAGCGUCGAUAAACGCCCUCUGGAUUUGUAUAAGUUGAAAAAGGCUGUCGAGGUUAGGGGUGGCUUUGACCAAGUGUGCAAGAUGAAGAAGUGGGCUGAGAUUGGCCGCGAUCUUGGCUACAGUGGCAAGAUAAUGUCUUCACUUUCAACAUCGCUGAAGAAUUCCUAUCAGCGAUGGCUCCAACCAUACGAAGAGUACCUCCGCGUGGCUAAGCCCGGGGUGCAGCAACAACUGGAGCUGGAACAUGGUGGCCCUUACACACCGUCGCCUCAUCAGUCACCUAUGGCUAAGAAGCCCAUACCACUUGACAAUGGCACGCCGCACAUGCUACCCAAGGGAACAAUGAGUGUCCCACCGUCCGCUCCGCAGAGCACUCCGAGGGAGGUUGAAGCAACCCCAGAUAAACCAACACCUCCAAUUGAGCCGACGCCUCCUCGGCCAGUAGCUUCUGGGUUUACCCCCGUGAAUGCUAGUUCGGGAUUUACUGCUGUUAACCGGUCGCCAUCAUUUGUAGCAGUAAACAACAAUCCGACCAUAAAGCGUGAAAUAGAGAAUGGCUCUUUGACACCGAAAAGUGUCGCUGAGCAUCCUUCGAUCUCGACUCCUGUCUCUAAUGGCCAUGGCCAUCACACAAAGCGCGCGAUUAGCCACGAAAGCGGUUCUCAAACUGAGAAUGGAGACGACCCGAACGGUCGGCGUAGUAAGCGUCUUCGCAAAGGUGUGUAAACAUUAUUGUCAUCCAUCAUUGUAUUCGGCAUCUAAUGAUUUCGUAGAUGCGCCUUUACCUACAAUUGCCGGUUCGCAUAUGAGUCUUCUUCGGCCCGCCCCGCCCCGGGCACGGAAGAGUGACAGCCGAAAGACGGGUGAUAAAUGUGAGAACUGUGGCAAAUCAGAAGACAGCUCCUCGAUCCUGGUAUGCGAUAGUUGCGAGCAAGGAUACCACAAGUACUGUCUUGAUCCCCCUCUGACUACCAUUCCCGAAUACGAUUGGCACUGCCCAAAAUGCCUGGUAGGCACAGGGGAGUUUGGCUUCGAGGAAGGAGGAGUCUACUCGCUUAGACAGUUCCAAGAAAAGGCAAAUAACUUCAAAAAGAGUUAUUUCGCCUCAAAGAUGCCAUUUGAUCCUGUCCUGAACGGCCAUAGACGGGAGUCUGAG